AUGGUCGUCUUCCAUCUUUUUCCCUGUUUUUCGACUAUUCCGCAAAUCGUACGUAGUAGUUCUUCUCUUUGGUUUGUUUCAAAUAUUUUCUGCUUCACAUUUUUCUCUGGAACAGAAUAGUCCAAAAUCAAAAAUUUUUUCUCAGAAACUUUGCAGAAUUCCGUUUUUUUGUGCUCUUCUUUGCUUUUAAACUUCAAAAAAAUCAGAAAAAGUUCUAAAUUAUUUCGGAACUCAAAAAAAUGACAAUUUUUUUCAUUUUGCACAUUCAUUUUUUUGUUUUUUUCGAAUCUUUCUUCUCGAAAAAUUUUUUUGAGUCUUCUAAAUUUCUUCAUUCUCGAUUUUUUUGCUGCCUAUUUAAAAAAAUUUUUUUGCAUUUCCUUUCAAAGCUUUUUCUAUGCUUUUUUUCAAUUCGAUCAAUCUGGAACUUUUUCUCGUCGUUCGCUGGGAAAAUUCAAGCUAGAAGUUUGAACUUCGGAGUUAUCUAUCUUUUCGAGUUUUCUCUAUCUCCCAGUUCAUUAUUCCGGUGAUUUUUUUUAUUGUUGCCAUCGCUCUGAAUCAUAGCUGAGCUGAAUGGAAACGGAACAAUGAAUGUUUCAGAACAUUCCAAAAGACGCAAGAGACAAAAAUUCGAAACCUCCCGCCAAAAUUUUUUUGAAUACUGAAAUUUAAUUAGGUCUAUUAGAAUAGUUAUUUUGAUAAAAAUUCAGUAAAAAAAUUGUUCUUUUUUUGAUUUAUGAAAAAUAUACUCAAAAGUAGGAUAUUUCAAUUUUUUUGCAGAAAAAAAGAUUUUUUUCGCUGUUAAAAAGUUUUUUUCUGGCGAUAUCAAACUCAAAACGAAACAUUUGAAAGGCUCGUCAGAGGGUGACCCCUGAGAAUGGCGCCUCCGACGUUUGGCGCGAAAAAGUCCGUUGGCGGAUGUGGCACACCGUCGACCAUUCAAACGGUACCCUCUGCAAAGUCGUCAUUCGUGCUCCUGUCCUUUUUCUUGCUGAGUUCCUUUUACACCUCGUGACUUUCUUUUGAAAAUCCGCUUCCGUUUUCUUCCUUUCCUUCUUUUCGUUUUUCCUCAUGGACGUUCGUCUUAGGUUGGAGCAGGACUGCCCACCACUGCUAACUCUUUUCAGAAAUUUCAGUAAAUAAGCAAAAAAGUCUACAUUUUCAGAGAACUAUCAUGUCGGCAAACGAAAAAAACAUCAGAAUCAUGUUCAAGAUGAUUGACGAAAAAGAAGUGACAGCAAAGAAAAUUCGAGACCAGAUGUCGAGACUCCAAAAACGUCUUGACGCCUACUCCAAGAAAUUGGCGACGUUGGAAGAAGAUAUUGCUGAGGGCCGUGGAGCCAUCAAAAAACUUCUCGAAGUGAGUUCAAGUUUAGAGUUUUUUUGUCUUUUUAUCAGAAAAACAAAAAAAUAGUUAAUACCUCGAUAAGCAAGGAAUUUUUUUCUGAUUUCAGAAUCAAAGUCUCGCCGGGGAAUUUUCGCAUGUGAUUGAAAGGUUCCACAUUGACAAGGCAGAAGAAAACAUGCAGGCCGAAGCAAAGAAGAGUCCCGGCAAGACUGGAAGGAACAGGCCGCUAGAAAAGGUUUGAAAAUUGAAUGAAUUUCGAAGAAUUAAACACACCAUAAAAUCAAAAAUGAUGUUGAAUGUGGUGACUUUCCAUCAGAAAGAACAAAUGAACGGUUUGAACUAAAGUUUGAAUCAGAUCAAACUCGAGAUUUUUCCUCUUAUGUAAAUUUUGAAAUGUUAACAACCAUUAUUACUCAUUUCUGCUCACAUAGUUCAUUUGAACGCUACACUGAAGUUUAUUUUUGAUUGAAAAAUUAGUUAAACACAAAAACCCUGGUUUUUAAUAAGGAACUGAUGAUUUAAUAGCAAAGAAAUCUAAAUUUCACAAUUUUCGCAGUUCGAAUAAUUUUUUUUUUGAAAUUUUUGUUUACAGAGUCUGGCGGGCAAUGUCAAGCAGAGAAAUGUGGAGCGUCGUAGCAAGAGUCGGGGCAAAAAUGUCGAAGAGAAGAAAGCCGAGAACAGGACUAGAAGUACCAGUGUGACUACUAAGAAGCGUGAACAGAAGCCUCAUCAGACUGGGAAGGUACAAAAAAAUUAAACGUGAAUGAAAUGAUCAUUGAAUGUUCGAACAUUGAUCAAAAAAAAGAAAAUGACAAACAUCGUUCAGAAAAUCCAAAUGAGAUGUGUAGAAGAUUCCCACUUGAUAAGAAUAACUUAAACUGUCGGAGACCUCGUUAGCCUAACUUUGAAAAUGAAGAUCCAUCAAACUUUCUGUUUCUAGGCGCCCGUCGAAGCGAAAGAAAAAUCUCCUAUGGACGGGAAGAAAAAUUCGUCGACUCAAGUUGAACCAGAAGGAGGGCAAAAAACGGACGGCACUAAAUCAGAGGUAAAAAAAGAAAUUUAUUUUAAUAGAGAAAUAUUGUGUCAACGUUCUUCCCAUAAAAAAAACUCUUUGUUCUAAAACUAACAAAAAAACUUUUUGCCUUUAUUAACUUACGAGUUCAGAGAUCAUUUCUUGUCUCGGCAAAAUUCCUUCGGGUUUUCAGAUGUAACCUAAAAUAAUUUUCUUUGUUCACUAUUACUUCUUCCGAAAAUGACAUUUCAAACGGUUUUCGGAUUUUUCAAAACAAGCUGAACUGAUAAUAGAUUGCUAUCCAAUUAAAAUUCCCGAGUUACAGAAUGGCUCGAGCCGCAAAUCGGGUUGGACCGAAUACAACAUUGAUGCUGACGGCGAAAAAGCGGCUGACGACCCUUGGUAA